AUGGAUACGGAUGAGGUUAUAAUAGAAAAAAUAAUAGAAAAUGAAAAUUCAAGUGAUACAAUUGAGGAACGUGUAUUAAAUAUUGAAAAAAAUAAUUAUAUUCCAAAUAUUAGUGAAAAUUGUUCAUCAACAUACAAGGAAAAUGUACAAGUUAAUAUCAACGAGAACAGUUAUCUUACUGAUGAUUGUGAGAUAAUUAUAGUUGAUAAUAUUGACAUUAAACAAAGUUGUAAAGAAAAAGAUAAUUCGAAUAUACAACAAAGUAAAUCAAGUGAAAUCUCAAAUAUUAAAAAAAAUGAAAUAUUUAUUAACAAUACUAGUGAAAACCAGGAUACAAACAAAAAUAUUAUACUUGAAAACUUAAAUCAAAAAAAAGAUGACGACAUCUGUAUAAUACAUGAAAAAACUAUAGUACCAUCAGCUCAAACUAAAGAAUAUACUAAAGUAUCUUCACUUGUUAGCAUUGCUAUAGAAUAUGGUAAUUCUGAUUCAGAAACAGAAUGUAAUUCUGAUUCUACAAAAUGUGAAAAUAAUCAAAGUAAACCUUUAGAAAAAUGUCUGAUGCAAAUUUAUAGACAAAAUAAAUUAACAUCAUCAAGUGAAGAGAGCGAUAGUGAAGAUGAUUCCACUAGUAGUAAUGAUUCCUCAAUAGUAGUCGAAUCAAAUGAAUCAGACAGUGAUGAUAGUUCAACCAAAAAAAGCAAAGCAAAUAAUGUUAAAGGACAAAGAAAUAAUGAAAUGAAAAAUGAAUUAGAUGACUUACCUCCUAUUGAAGAUUUAAAAAUCAGUGUACCUGAGAUACUCUGCGAUCCAUUGGGCGAGGUUGCAUGGAUGGUUGAACAAUUAGUAGUUGUGAAACCAAAACCAGGUAAACCAACAUUAAACUUAGAUACAGUUUUAUUUGUUGAGAAAGGACAAAGAACAUUAGGUAGAAUAUUUGAUGUCUUUGGCCAAGUUAAUGAACCUCAUUAUUGUGUAAGAUUCAAUAACUCUAAUCAUAUAAAAGAGUGUGAUAUUAAAGUGGGAAUGACUGUUUAUUAUUGCCCAAAUACAGAAUAUACUUCCUUAGUAUUUCUACAUGAAUUAUUGAAAAUCAAGGGCAUUGAUGCACAUGCAGAUGAUCCUCCAGAAUUUUCAGAUGAUGAGGAAGAACGAAUUUAUUAUGAACAAUUAAAAAUAAAACAAACAAAUAAUACUAAUCAAACAGAUAUUCCGUUCAAACGGAAACGUGUUUCAAAACCUAAUUCUGGUUGGCAGUCAAAUCAUCCAUGGAAUAGAAAUGUACAAAAUCCAAAGAAAGGAUUUUAUUCGCGAGUCGAUAAACAAUUUUUUUCUAUGCAAUCUGAAAAUCAAUCUCAACAUUUAUGGUCACAAUCGUAUCAAAAUAAUGCCCCAUAUAGGUAUGGGGCACACUCGUUACAAUCUAUGCAAUAUAUGAAUCAUCAUGUUAAUAGUGUUAAUCAAAAUUUCUAUGGUCCACAAAAUUAUUAUAGCCAAGAUGGUACUACAACAUAUUUAAAUCCUAGAAUUCCUUUUAGUACAUGUCCAAGAGUUUCUUCAGGAUAUUUAACAUUACAAAGUCAUCCAAAUGUAAGAUUUCAAACUGCAAACAUGCCUUGGUUGCCACAAGUGCCACAAGUUCCUAUACGAAUGAAAAUACCAUGGAUACCUUUACCACCACCUCCACCUCCUCCACCAACUUCAUCACCAUCAGACACUUCUUAA